AUGGGGCCGCGGGCUGCGGCGGGGCAGGCGAGGGCCCAGCAGCUGCAGGAGCUGUGGAGCCGGACGGAGAGGGCGGAACGGAGGCUGCUGGCCUGCGAAAACCUGGUCGGGGAGCUGGGCAGCAACCUGGCGGCCCUGGGCAGCCUCCUCCAGGACUACAGGCACCUCCAGCAGCGGUUGGACAACGUGGAGAAUCUCCUGAAGAACAGAAAUUUCUGGAUCCUGCGGCUGCCCCCCAGCUCGCAGGGCGAGGUCCCCAAGGUACCAGUCACGUUCGAUGAUGUCUCGGUGUACUUCAACGAGCAGGAGUGGGAGAGGCUGGACCGAUGGCAAAAGGAUCUGUACAGGGCUGUGAUGAGGGGGAACUAUGAGAUGCUCAUCUCCCUGGACUACGCUGUGUCCAAGCCUGACAUCCUCUCCCGCAUCGAGAGGGAUGAAGAGCUCCAUGUCCAGGACGGGCAGGAGCCCCCACAGACACACAUCCGAGACAGUCAGGAGCCCUCCCGAGCGUGUACCAGUGAAGGUCAGGAGCCCCCGCAGUCACCAGAAGAGAUGGACCAGGAUGAAGAGGCUUUGGGAGAAGAUGAAGUCCCCAUGGAAGCUGACACAGAAUAUGCUGCAUCCAAGUCUGAUAUCCUCACCCGCAUCAAGAGGGACGAAGAGCUCUAUGUCCAGGACGGGCAGGACUCCCCACAGAUACACCCAGGAGAUGCUCAGAAGCCCCCACAGACAGACAGCCCUGGUGCUCAGAAGCGCCCCCAGAUACACAUCAGAGGUGAUGAGAAGCCCCCGCAGACAGACAUCCCAGAUGUUCAGAAGCCCCCACAGACCCACGUCCCAGACAGUCAGGAGCCCCCACAGGCACCAGAAAAGAAGGAGCAGAAGGAAGAGGCUCUGGGGGAUGAUAAAGUCCCAGCAAAAACUGGCACAGAACUCCCCAUCCUGGUGAUGAACGUCAUGUCCCUGAGCGCACAAAAACAUAAGCUGCGCAGGAAAGACUGGCCUGAGACGGAGAUGGAAGAGAACCCAGCUGAGUCCCACACCGGGGAAGACAAAAUGGCAUGUGAGGGGGCUUCUCCUGAAAACACCAAAGUGAAGGAAGAGGAGCCUGCGGCGCUGCAAGAGGCUUCCGCACCAUCUCCCAGCCCAGAAAUCCAGAAGUGCCCCAAAAGCGAGCAGGCCAAGGCCAAGAGCAAGAAGAAGUCAAGCAGGUGUGCCAGCAGCAGCCUGCUGAUGGGCAACUGUCGGCGCGGCUACGUGCGCGAGUGGGCGCACCCCUGCACCGAGUGUGGGAAGCGUUUCCGUCUGAAAAUCAACCUCAUCAUCCACCAGCGGAGCCACGCCAAAGAGGGGCCCUAUGAGUGUGCCAUGUGCGAAAUCAGCUUCGCGGACAAACGCCACCUGGACCUUCACCAGAGCAUCCACAUAAAAGACAGGGCCUUCGGGGCCAAGGUCUGGGGGAAUGUCCACCCAGAGCUGAGGAUCCGGCCGAGGAGGAAGUUCUGUGGGACUUUGUGUGGAGGUGCCCACGGCCUGGGCAAUGGGAUGUACACAGGGGGGCCCUGGCUGGGCCGGGCCACCGAGGAGCUGGACAGAGGGAGCCUGUCCAGCGCGUGUCUUCCCCGACACCAGAGCCCGAAGGCUCGUCGGAAGUCUGUGCUGAAAUGCAGUCAGUGCCAGAAGAGUCUCUCUUGCUCCUCUUCCCUUCAGCGGCACCUGCGGACCCACUUGCAGGCCAGACCCUACUGCUGUUCCGCCUGCAAGAAAUGCUUCACCCGCAGAACUCACCUCUCACGCCACGAGAAAAUACACGACCGCCAGAAAGCCCUGGCUGCGCUCCAGCAGCCCGCAACGGCCACGGCCCAGCCCGCCACCAUCUCACCAACACCCCAUGGAGCCCCGGAGGCAACGGCGGGUGGGAGCCUUCCUCACUUGCCAGCCCAGGCAUCCGAGAGAAUCGUUAGCCCUGCGGCUACCGCAGCGGUUCCUGCAAAUGCGCCCCCGAUGGGGCCUGCAGGACUGGGACCGGUGGGCAAGAGCUGCCAGGCCCCCGGCUCGGCUGGGCCAGGAAACAGGGCAGCGGAUUCAGGGGCGGUGGAGAAGCCGCCGCACCUCUGCCCAGAGAAACGCCACCCCUCCCCUCCUCUAGCCCUCACGCUACCGAUUAUCCUGGGUCAAAGCCUUGCAGGAGCUGGUCUCCAGCUCCCCAUCACGGUUCGGCAAGCCGACGGCAGGAGAGCUGGCCACAGCAUGGACCUUCUGGUGGUGGUUCAGAGACUGCCGGUGCCGGAAACUCUUGCUGCAGCCGUUGCACUGGAAGGGCCGCUGCUGGGUGUGCCGGCGCUGGUGCUCCUCCAGCGAGGUUUUCUGGGGGAAGCUCUCGGCGCACUCAAUGCAGCGGUAGAGCCGCUCGCCAGCAGCACUGGUCCGGGCGGGCCGGCCUGUCCAUCCACCCCGCAGCUGCACGCCGUGGAUGCGCUGGUGUUUCUGGAGGUGGUGCUUCUGGAUGAAGCCCUUGCCACAGGCUGGACAGCGGUAGGGGCGCUCGCCAGUGUGGAUGCGGUAGUGUUUGUUAAGGUUGGACUUCUCAUUGAAGCUCUUCCCGCAGGCGGGGCACUGGAAGGGCCGCUCGCCCGUGUGCAGGCGCUGGUGCCGCAGCAGCGCGGCAUGGUGGGCCAGGCUCUUCCCGCAGGCCGUGCAGAUGAAGGAGCCGUUGCUCUUCCUCGCCUGGCUCUGCUGCCGCGCCAGGAGGUUGCGCUUCAGCCGAACGCUCUUCCAGGCCAGGGGGAGGGCACGGGGCUCUUCUCCCACGGUGCAGGGACCGUGCUCCUCCGUGCCGGGCUGCAACGAGGCCGCCUCGGCAGCGUGGUCUUCUCCCAGCGGCAUCCCCUGGGGCAGGGUGAAGGGCUGGCACGUCCCCGUUCCCCAGGACUGGUCCCUGUUACCUUGGGCUCGUCCCCGCCGGGGCCCGGCCCGGGCCUGGGGGCCCAGCAGCUGCGGUGCUGGAGCUGGCGCUCGACGUGCUCCAGCCGCCGCGUGUUCUCCUGCACCAGGGCGGCCAGGGCGGCCCACUUGCGCUCCAGCCGGCUGCCGAAAUCCAGCACGGCCUUCUCCAGCCCCGUCACCUUCUUCUCGGCCGUCUCGGCUCUCCCCUCCAGGCGCCGCCGGCACGGGCAGCUGGUUGCCAGGGCAGGGGUACGAUUCUUCCCGCCGCAUGUGGAUCUUCUGGUGGACGACCAGGUGGUAGUGCCGCUUGAAGGUCUUCUGGCACACGCCGCACUGGUAGGGCCGCUCGCCCGCGUGGGUCCGGUGGUGCCGGACAAAGUCAGAGGACCAGGCGAAGCUCCUGUUGCAGCAGGGGCAGAGGAUGAGGUCGUGGGUGGCCCCGGGCGGGACGGGAAACCGGGCCCGGUGUGCAGCAGCCUGACCCAGCUGCCCGCCCGUCCCCCAGCAGCGAGCAGCCCAGGCAGCGGCGACACCCGGUGCCACAGCCUCGGGAGGAGGCCCGGCGGUGAGCCUGUCCCUGGGUUCUGCCUCUCCCCAGCGGUGCGACCGGGCAGAGGAACGGGAAUGGAGACCCCGCACCCCACGUGCUCCUACUUCCCCGCGGGUUCCCCGCCAGCACCGGUCAAUGUCCCGCGGCCCAGCGAUGCCAACAUCUCGCUGUGGACUGUGGUGGCGGCCGUGCAAGCAGUGGAACGGAGCGUGGAUGUUCACGCCGAGCGGCUGCGCAACCUGGAGCACCGGACGGUGACCACCGAGAAGAAGUACUUCGACUGCGAGAAAACAGUGGUGGAGUUCGGGAACCAGCUGGAGAGCAAGCUGGCAGCGCUGGGCACCCUCAUCCGGGAGUACGGGCAGCUCCAGCGGCGCCUGGAGAACGUGGAGAACCUCCUGGAGAAGAGGAACUUCUGGGUGCUGCGCCUGCCCCCCGGGGAGGAGGCCCCCAAGGCCCCAGGGGUCUUGGGAAGCAAUGCUGCCUACUUCUCUGCUCAAGAGAAGAAUUGUCUGGAGGAACGGCAGAAGGAGCUGCACAAAACCGUGCUGAGAGGGAAGAACGAGUCUCUGAUCUCUCUGGAUUACGCCAUCUCCAAACCUGACCUCCUGUCUCAGCUCCAGAAAGGAGAAGUGGUUUCGAGGGAGAUUCCAGCAGAACCAAGUGCAGCAGAGACUCUGCUCUUUAGACUUGAUGCGAGCACCCAGGACAGUGGAGGACUGAGGGAAAGCCAGGAGGGAAGCGCCAUGCUGGCUGAACCUGGAGCUGCAGACAGCGGCAUUCCAGAGCUGAGCUUCGCGGGCACUGUGAAGCAAGAGGAAGGGCUGUGCACGGAGGAGCGGGGAGCUGCAGAGGACGCAGAGUUUGCUGAACUCAGUGCGGUUCCAGCAGAUGAGGUGAUAACGUUCAAACUGGAGCAGCUGGAUUCAGAGGAACUCACCCAAAGCUCAGAGCCCCCUGCAACUUUAUGCAGGGAGUCGGAGGAGCUGCUUUUCCAGGGUCCCGGUGAGGCGCUGCCCUUUGAUAGUCAGUACAGCCCUCCUGUGCAGCCAGGACACCUGAGCAUGGGCAGGCUGGUGCCAUCCACUCCGCGGGAAGAGGGGCUGAGCAACAGCAAUGCUGGCACCGUCUGCGGGCAGAGCUGUCCCAGCAAGAGCCCUCGCUCGUGUGUUAUGUCUGGAAGGGGUUUCUGUCUGAAGAAGAUGCCGAUGACUCUCCGGGACAGCCACAGCACACAGCACAGCGCUGGGCACGCUGGAGACAAGGAAGGCUUCCUCUGUCGGCACGUGGAAGACAACGGGACCCACGUGGAAAACAGGAUCCACAUGGCCACGGAGCGGUUCAAGCAGAACCAGACCACAAAAUCCCGCGCCAACGUGACAGCCAUGGGCAGGGUGUAUGACAGCCCCAGGUGUGAGAAAAGCGUCGAUGCCGGUGGCAGCGGCAGCUGCCAGCCAGGUCAGAGGGGCCGCCCACGGGAGAGGCCUUACAAGUGCAACAAGUGCCAGGAGUGCUUCUCCCAAAAGAAAACCCUCAUCAUCCACCAGCGUCUGCACACGGGCCGGAGCGCGGGGGUCCUAUGGUGCCCAUACUGUGGGAAGACCUUCAGCCACCCCUCCACUCUGCUUCGGCACCAGAGGAUCCACACAGGGGAGAGGCCAUACCAGUGCAAUGAGUGCCCAAAGCGCUUCACCCAGAAGCAGCACCUCCUCCAGCACGGGAAGAUCCACCUGCGCGAGAGGAACUGGGUGGUCACGCAGAGUGUGAGAAAGGCCCCGCCACACAGCUUGCGGCGGGUCCCCGCUGCCCCCCCGACGGUGGGACCCGUGCCCGCGCCUCAGCUCACGCCUCCCGCAGAGCCCGACGCUCCCGGACGCGACGCCCGGGCCCGGUCGGAAGGUGGGAACCGGCCGUGCGCUCCGAGCUGUGAGGAUGAGGACGGCAGAGGUGACCCCGCAGAGACCGACCCCGAAGACAGCAUAAUCCAUAUUAAGCAAGAGGAGGAGUCGUGUGCUGCAGAUCAGCAGGAGGAGGAGGCUGGAGAAGCUCCUGAAGAGCCCUGCCCAGCAGAAGAAGUGUUUUAUGAGCCUGAGGUUUCAAAUCGGACCAAGCAAGGCAAAGAGGCAUGUGCCAGGGGGCUGCCAGGCACAGAGGGUGAGGACCUCCCGAGAGACCCUGACACAGGGCUUCAGACUUAUGGAACUGAUGUUUUAUCGUGGAUUAAACAGGAGGAGGAGCCACGCUUCUCUCAACGACAAGACUUGGAGAAAGGAGAAAUCUCUACAGAUCCAAGUGCAGCACAUGAUGAAAACACAAAGAGGGACUCUCCAGAUUGCUUUGAAAGCACCGUGCGUGACUCGGAGGUACCAGGAAGACCUGGAGAGAAGUUUUCCAAGGAUCCUAGCCCCAGAGUGCCAUGGGACAGCCAGUGGAAUUCAGAAAUGAUGGAAACAACCACGACUGGGAAUGGCCUGGAGGGUGAUGCUCGGUACGACCGAGGGUUUGGCGAGCACUUGGAUUUCUUCAGCCCUCAGGAAAACAGUGUCGGGAAGAGACCGUGCACAUACAACAAAUGUGAGAGAAACUCCAGCCAGCAGGACCAUCAUCAGACUCCCCCGGGUGCCCAAGAAGGGGAGGUGUUUCCAGGCACAGCUACAGGCCCCACGUGCGAGAAGAGUCUCCAUGAAAGGGUGUUCCACGUGCUGCCCUCGCAGCCGUGCGUGAAGGACACGGGGCGGGGGGCUGCUCCCCACUCCUGUGAGGCGACGACCCACGCCGAACACGGACAGAACCCUGCGGGAGGAACUGGUCUUGGUGACCACAACAGCCUCGGCGGAGAGGAGCAGCUGGGUGUGGAAAGCGAGGAGAGCUUCCUGGCAGACAACCCCUUAGCCAGCCCCUGCUGGGACCAUCCGCAGGACAAGGCAGAGGGUUGCACCAGGUGCAGGCAGCACUUCGCGCCCCGCAGCAGCCCGGCCAGCCAGCACCAGAGCCAGGGCAGAGGCAAGUCCUACAUUUGCAGCGAUUGUGGGAAAAGCUUCGUUUGCCAUUCGUGGCUUGUUAGACACCAGAUGACUCACACGGGAGAGCGGCCCUACAAGUGCUCCGAGUGUGACAAAAGCUACAGGAGAAAGGAUUAUCUUCUAAACCACCAGCGCCGGCACUCGGGAGAGGGGCUCUUCCAGUGUCCCCUCUGCAGGAAGAGAUUUGUGCUCAGGAGGAGUUUCAUGAAGCAUCAGGAAAGUCACAUGCAAGAAACGCACCUGACGUUGGCCAGUUGGCCCUGCACGGAGAUCAGGGGGUCUGUAAUGGCUGGCUGGUGCUGUGACACAGGGAAGCUGUUUUUCUGUGAAAGGGGACCUGGCUUCUCCCCGUGUGCCGAAGACUCGCCUGCGAAUGCCACCAGCGGGGUGUACAAGAACAGUACCGUUUCUUUCUAUGGCUUUCCUUUACGAAAUAAACCUCUCCUGAAGCAAUGGAUUCACAACAUGGGCCGGGACAUCGGGACACCCUCCAAGUAUCAGCGACUGUGUUCGAAUCAUUUUGAGGACAGUUCUUUUGUAAUUGACCCCUUCAAAAUUAGGAAAAACAGACGCCUGCUGAAAGAAGCUGUUCCCAAAAAAUUCAUUUUGGGCGAAGAUGGAAACUGGCUCGUUGGCACACCUCAAAGUUUCUGUGGUAGGAUGAGUAAUAAAAUGCGAAAACGAAUCCGGAAUCCUGAGCACUUGAGGGUCCCUGGGACGUUUGAUAACGCUGCAGCAUGUACGGGGAAGGACGUGGAAGAUUGGCAGGAAGAAUUUUACAAGAAACUGAUAAAGGAGAAUCAUGAAUCUUUAACCACGUUGAGUAAAGGGUCCCCAACUCCUCGUCUGCUCCGGCAGUGGAGGAACCAGCUCCGGGAGUCUCAGACCCUGGGUGAGCCCCGUGGGCAGCACUGCCGGCUGCUCCUGCCUUUGGAUCAAACCUGCGGUUUUACCACAGCAGUCACCUCAAAUCUCACCAAAGCCGUGUGCCAGCAAGAGGGCUUGUGGGAGUGCCGGCGCUGGGGCCAGGUGCUGGUGGUGAUGCUGGUGCCAAUGUCGAUGCUGGUGUCAGCGCCAACGCUGGUGCUGAUGGCAGUGCCGGAGCUUGGUGCCAGUGCCAAUCCCAGUGCCGACGCUGGUGCUGGUGCUGGUGGCGAUACUAGUGCGGACACUGGUGCUGAUACCGGGCUGGGGGAGCGAUACCAAGGCCACGUGCCCCCUCCCACCCGUGCCCUCCCUGCGGCCCAGGUGCAGGAGUGGAACGUGGAGGCCCCCCACCUGAUGCCUCUGCAGCCGCCGCUGCUGCCGGAGCGGGCGCACGUGCGGGAGGCGCAGCUCCACUCCGCCGAGGCCUCGCUCUGGACUGUGGUGGCCACGGUGCAGGCGAUGGAGAGGAAGAUCGACCUCCUGGCCACCCGCCUGCUCAGCCUUGAGGGACGGUCCGGCACAGCCGAGAAGAAGCUUCUGGACUGCGAGAAGACGGCCAUGGAGUUCGGGAACCAGCUGGAGAGCAAAUGGGCCGUGCUGGGCACCCUCAUCCAGGAGUACGGGCUGCUCCAGCGGCGCCUGGAGAACGUGGAGAACCUCCUGAAGAACAGGAACUUCUGGGUGCUGCGCCUGCCCCCAGGCCCCCGGGGUGAAGUCCCCAAGGUGCCAGUGACGUUUGUUGACAUUGCCGUCUACUUCUCGGCAGAGGAGUGGAAGAAUUUGGAGGAGUGGCAGAAAGAGCUGUACAAUAACCUGGUGAAGGAGAACUAUGAGUCUUUGCUCUCCCUGGAUGGUGCCCUGUCCAGAAACGAGGUGCAGCCCCGUGGCGAGCGCGGGGAGGGACCCUGCAUCCCCGAGCAGAGGGAGCUGGAGCAGAGGGAGCUGCCACCGGACACCUGCGCAGAGUCGCUGAUCUCCACCUCCGACAUCCUGUCCCGGAUCAAGCAGGAGGUGGCGUUUGUGGGGGAGCAGCAGUUUGCCGAGGAGCGGGCACUGCCAGCGGACCCCUGCGCAGGCGCAGAUGCCCUGAUCACGGCGCACGACUUCUUGUCGUGGAUCAAGCAGGAGGAAGAACCCUGCGUCCGUGAGCCCUGGGAGCUGCCGGAGAGGGAGAUGCUGACAGGUCCUGGUCCCGGUCCUGCAGCUGGCGAGGGGCUGCUGGUGAAGUCGGAGGAGCGGUGCCCCCACGCCGAGCCCCCCGAGGAGGUGGGUUUACCAGGUGGCUCCGGGGAGCUGCUCUUCCCUGGCGCGGGCUUCGGGAGUCCCGAGGGACAGGCUGCGGUGACAGCGGCGGCAGCGGCAGCGGCGGCAGCUCUGCCUCCGCAGCACAGACUGGGCAAAACCUCCGGCUCGGAAGCGGGGCCGGGGGCCGAGGCGUCGGGGCUCCCCACUGCCACGCCGGGGCCCACCGAGGAGCGGCCGCACGGCUGCGCCGAGUGCGGGAAGAGCUUCAGCGGGAAGAAGAGCCUGCGGAUCCACCAGCGGAGCCACGCGGCUGAGCGGCCUUACCCCUGCGCCGAGUGCGGCAAGAGCUUCAACUGCCACUCGGGGCUGGUGCGGCACCAGAUGAUCCACCGCGGCGAGCGGCCCUACAAGUGCUCCGAGUGUGACAAAAGCUACAGGAGAAAGGAUUAUCUUCUAAACCACCAGCGCCGGCACUCGGGAGAGGGGCUCUUCCAGUGUCCCCUCUGCAGGAAGAGAUUUGUGCUCAGGAGGAGUUUCAUGAAGCAUCAGGAAAGUCACAUGCAAGAAACGCACCUGACGUUGGCCAGUUGGCCCUGCACGGAGAUCAGGGGGUCUGUAAUGCAUUCCAUAUAAAAACAUCCUUUCCUGCUGUGGGUUUUGCAGCCCCCUGGGCUGUCACCGUUGCUGGGCA